AUGUGUGCGCAGUUCCGAAUCACUCACUGGAAUUUAACCGCAUACUGGCCACAAAUGAAUGGGGUUGUGGAAGCCGCCAACAAAAACAUCCAGAAGAUCCUCAGAAAGAUGAUUGAUAACUACAAAGACUGGCAUGAACAAUUGCCAUAUGCAUUACUGGGAUAUCGCACAACCGCCAGAACUUCAAUCGGAGCCACUCCAUACCUGCUGGUCUAUGGCACUGAGGUAGUAAUACUAGCCGAAGCAGAAAUCCCUUCACUUCGAAUCAUACAAGAAGCUGAGUUGGACGAUGCAGAAUGGAUUAGCAAGAGGUAUGAACAACUAGCUUUGAUAGAUGAAAAACGAAUGAUUAUUGUUUGCCAUGGUCAAUUGUACCAACAAAGAAUGGCACGAGCUUUCAACAAGCAUGUACUAUCAAGAGGAACCGUGGUACUUGCUGAAAUGGAUGGUCAGGAGUGGCCUAGAGCAAUAAUUCAGAUGCCAUCAAGAGAUACUACGUGUCAAGAAGAAGACGACUACAAAGAUUCAGAGUUUUUAUAG